AUGGAAUAUAGCGAACAUUAUCAACAACAAAUGCAGCAGAUAGGCAAUAAUUGCAGUUUAUUAUUAGAGUUAUUACAACAAACACGAGUAAAUGAUUGGCAACGUUGUGCUACAGCAUUUAAAGAAUUGCUUUCACUAUUAUGUGAAGAUGAAAAAUCUCACCGUAAAGAUAAUAAUUACCAUCGUCGUAAAAGUGCUGCUAAAUUACCGGCCACUAAAAAUUUAGAAGACUUUGAUUUUCAAUUCCAACCAAGUGUUGAUACCAAAGUAAUAAGUGAUUUAUCUACUUGUGAUUAUAUUAAUACUAAGAGUAAUGUCAUAUUCAUAGGUAAUUCUGGAACUGGCAAAACUCAUCUUGCUAUUGGAUUAGCAUUAAAAGCUUUAACACGAGAAUACUCUGUAUAUUUUACUACGGUCUCGGAUAUGCUUUAUAAUUUACAUAUUGCAAGAGCAGAUAAUAGCUAUCACAAAAAGGUUAAAUUACUCUUAUCAUUUGACUUGAAUUCUUGA